AUGCAGACAAUCAACAGGUUUCUCUAUGGACCAACAGCUGAAGAACGUGUACGCCAGUGGCAGGCGAAGAUUCGUCAAGAACAGCGAGUUCUUGACCGGGAGAUGAGGCAGCUUGACACAGCAACUAACAAGGCGAAACAAACGGUCAAACAACUCGCUACUAAAGGAGAUGUGAAGUCUGCUCGGAUACUGGCCAAGGAGGUUGUUCGGAGUAACAAGCAGAAGGACCGCAUCUCAGUGAGCAAGGCGAGGCUAGGGUCCAUUGGACACCAGUUAUCACAACAAAUGGCUAUGGUCAAGGUCACCGGAUCGCUGCAGAAAUCCACUGAGAUCAUGAAGCUUUCGAACACGUUGAUCAAGUUGCCACAGAUCAGUCAAGUCAUGCGCGAGAUGAGUAUGGAGAUGACGAAGGCUGGAAUCAUGGAAGAGAUGUUGGAUGACACCCUUGAGAUGGAUGAUGAAGAGGAAAUUGAGGAGGAAGCCGACGAGGAAGUCGACAAGGUACUGUUUGACCUUACGAACGGCAAGCUCGGCCAAGCAGGCACUGUGCAGACAGAACUUCCCUCCGCCCAGGAGACCGUGGAUGAGGAAGAAACUGAGAGAGCCCUGGAGCAAUACCGCCAACAGCUCAACGGUUUGCUAAGUAGUUAA